AUGUCGGCCUUUGUGCGCGUCUCAGGACCGCCAAACAGUAACUUUCUGAUCGGCUAUCCUGGAAUAUCAGCUACACUUCCCCGAAUAGAAGGCAAAGUCGAGAUCCGCCCACUCGUUGGUAUCUCAGCACCUGUCAAUGUCUCGCUCGUUACCAUUGCCUUGCACCGUCGUGAGACGAUACACCCCUCCGCCGAUUCGGCCGCAAGGAGGCAUUUGGCCGCCCCGCGCAAGGAAAUCACGGAUAUUGUGGGCAAGGAAAUGCUCCUGUACCGAUGCUCGCCUGGGAAAGAAUACGAAAGCGUAUUGUGCAUGGACCUGCCCUUCGUCAUCUUCAUACCAUACGGACGCGGUGGCGAGGAGGUAGCGCGGAGAGUCCCGCCCGCAAGCUUACAGUUACCGAGUCGUACGGCCGAGACAUUCUACGAACUAGUCGUGACGGUUCAGCAAGGACCGCAGGAACAGAAGAAGUACCCGUUCGCAGUACCGAUACAAAGAUACGAUACCCUCUCCACAUUUGGCAUGUACAAUCGACCAGAGAGUGCGGAACGAGUGACGGAUCACCUCGUCACCCUUGGGAUAAGUUUGCCGCGUUGGAGUUAUGGUCCGCUCGAUCCGGUUUCAGUAUACAUCAAGCUGAGUCCAAACCCGGACUGGCUGAACAAGGCGAAGAAAGUUACGAUACAAAAGAUUACGGUUGGCAUAGAUGAGGAGAUUAUUUUCAACCACGAAGGAGACGAACCGACACGGAAGGUGAAGACAUUAGUGAAAACAACACAGGCAGUCGGAGUCAAGAUGCCUGAAGCGGGCUAUUUCACCAAUCUUGGGCUCGUCUUCCCGGCAAAGGAUUUACGAGAUAAUACAGGAAUAAUACCCAGAGGACAGAAAGAAUUCCCAAUGUACGCUGUAAAUGGCUUCACGACAACUGGUACACUGUAUAAGAUUGAGUAUUAUCUUACAGUAAAGGCACAAAUGUCGUCAGCGCGAGAUAUCUUGCUCCGCCAGCCCAUCGUUGUAUGUCCAUUUGAUCAUGCUGGCUGCAAACAAGAGAUGGAAGCCAUUGAACAAGCCGCCAAGGACGCCGCACAUGUCGCACCUGAAAAUCCUAUGCUUCCUGCUAGCACUAUCAUUCGAUCCAACGACCCUGAAGGCCUACGCGCUCUUGGUAUUUCGAUUGUAGGAGGUGUACGAAAACCACUGAUUGAGUGA